AUGAACGACAGUGAGCCUGAGCCCGAGCUCAAGCUCUCGAUAUUGAAUCCUCACCCGCAGAGGGUCCCCGGGCCUCAUCUUCUUCACGAGCUCGUGCAUUUUUCUUCAGAUGAUUCCAUUCCCGCAAUACACUCCCUUGAUGCCCAAGGACGAGAAUCAACAUGGUCCUAUUCACAGCUCCAUCGGUCUGCAGAUGUGCUGGCAGCGCGCAUAUCUGCCGUCGCAAAAAUUCGUCCCAAAGACGAGGAGUUCGUCGUGCCUCUGUUGGUUCCGCAAUGUCCACAACUCUACAUCUCGAUGCUGGCCAUCCUCAAAGCAGGGGGAGCUUUCUGUCCGUUAAAUCUCGACGCGCCUCCGGAGCGAGUGAGGUUCAUCCUCCAGGAUGUUGCGGCCAAGGUGGUCAUUGUCAGCCGCGAACUGGCAACCAAGAUUCCUCAAGAUGACCAAGAGAGGACCAUUCUGAUAGUGGACGAGGAUGCGGUCGAAGAUUCUCCCGUCCCCAAGAUAUCAGAGUCAGAAACAAUACCCCAGCGUCUUGCAUACGUUAUGUACACAUCUGGUUCCACUGGGACGCCCAAGGGUGUAGGAGUCUCUCACGAAGCAGCGACACAGAGUCUUUUGGCUCAUAACAAACACAUCCCGAGCUUCAGACGCUUUCUCCAGUUCGCAUCACCGACUUUCGAUGUUUCCGUUUUCGAAAUCUUCUUCCCGCUCUUCCGUGGAUGCACCCUAGUCACUUGCGACCGCGGCCGCAUGCUCAACGACCUGCCCGACGUUAUAAGAACUCUGCAAGUUGAUGCCUGCGAACUGACUCCCACUGUCGCUGGCAGCCUGUUGCGACUGCGGCAAAACGCGCCUGGCUUGAGGUUGCUGUUGACGAUCGGCGAGAUGUUGACUGAAGCUGUUGUCAAUGAGUUUGGUGGUAGUGAGGAGGCUGAGAGCAUACUAUGGGGCAUGUACGGCCCGACAGAAGCGGCCAUUCAUUGCACGCUCCGGCCGGAAUAUCCCACAACUUGCCCUGCCUCGAAUAUUGGUUUCCCUCUCAAAUCUGUUUCAUGCUUUGUUGCUGCCAUUCCUGAUGAAGGUACUCCUUACGAAUUCAGGAUCUUGCCGCUCGGCGAGACUGGUGAGCUUGUUGUCGGCGGCCACCAGCUUGCAAACGGCUAUCUUAACAGACCCGAACAAACAUCUGCUGCAUUUCUUGAUACCCCGUUUGGUCGUGUCUACCGCACAGGAGACAAGGCAAAGAUGAACCCAGACGGGACGUUGGAGUGUCUUGGACGUAUAUCUGAUGGCCAGGUGAAGCUUCGCGGGCAGCGCAUUGAGCUCGGCGAAGUGGAACAAGCUGCCAUGCGCGCAAGUGGAUGCCAUAGUGCCGUCGCGAUGGUAUUGGCUGGUAUCCUGGUCGUAUUCUGCGCCAUGGAUGAUGAUGCAAAUUCCAACGACCAUGUAGAAGACAUCCUCGCUACUUGCGCCAAGUGGCUUCCAUCCUUCAUGGUUCCUGGAGAUGUUAUUCUCAUGACCAGUUUCCCAAGGUUACCUUCAGGCAAGGUUGAUCGGAAGUUGCUCAAAAGUGAUUAUGAGGUCGCCAAGAUCUCACCACCCACGAGCUCGUCGGAGUUGACCGAUCCUUUGCUGCGAGAAGUGGCAACAGCCAUUUCGGACCUCCUCGGCUUUGAGGUCUCGCCAUCGACACAACUGGGCUCUUCAGGUGUCGACUCUCUCAUGACCAUUAGACUGGCUUCGGCGCUGAGGGAGAAAGGGUUCAAUGUGUCUGCAACGGAUGUCCUCGAAUCUAGGGAUGUGUCCUCACUAUGUUCUCGGCUGGCAGCAUCAUCAGACUCGACGGGAGAUGCAUCUGCAAAGUAUUCGGAAAUACCUAUCAAUCAGGUCUUAGAACAGCACCGGGAUCUUGACUCAAUACAGAGCGAUAUUGAAGCUGUCCAUUGGUGCACACCACUGCAGAAUGCAAUGCUUGCGGAAACGGCGGUCAACUCUCAAGCCUACUGCAACUGGAUCGAGCUCGAAAUCCCAACUGGAUCCACCACUCAUGAUGCGGAAAAGUGGAUUCGCGAUGUUGCGUCAGUCAACAGCAUCUUUCGCUCUGGAUUCAUCCCUCUUGGCAGAGGUUUUGCGCAAGUCGUUUUCCAUCGGCUGUCGGAGUCUUCCGUCACACAUGUCGAGCAGCUCGAUCGGAGUUUUUCCAUCUCAUCAGACAGGGAGUUUCUCCGUCCGCUUAGAGUUCAGAUCUGCCAAUCGGAUUCCGACGAUGGUGGUUCCAUCUUGUUGCAGAUCCACCAUGCACUGUACGAUGGGUGGUCCGCCGACAUGCUUCUUGAAGAUCUCUCAGCUCUAGCCCAGGGCAAACCGAUUAAGUCGCAUCCACAAUUUCAAGAUGUGGCCAACUUCUUCAGUGAUCCCACCACGACACGGCAGCUUGACGACGCACGCAGUUUCUGGGCGGAAAACCUGCUUGGCUGGCAAAGACAUAGCUUGCCACGCCUUAUGGGCCGUCUUCCUGAAACGAUAGAGGUUCUGACAACGAGACGAACUCUGGAUAUUUCACAAGUCGACUUGGAUGAAGGGGCGAAACAAUUACAAUGCCAUCCGCAGGUCUUCUUCCAAGCAGCUCUAUCAUGGCUUUGGGCUGGACUGCAGGGUCAACCUGACGUGGUCAUCGGCUCCGUGUCUUCGGGUAGGACGAUUCCAGUCACCAAUGUUGAGCAUAUCAUGGGACCUUGCAUCUCAUCGACCCCAUUGCGAGUUGAUUUGAGGGGGCUAAGUUCGAUUGCCGAUCUCAUUCGAGCGAUCCAUGCCACUAACCGCCAGGUUUUGCAGCAUGGCAUCCUUCCACUGAACGAGAUCAAGAAGUUGACUGGUCUGAGCCCUGGUGACUCGAUCUAUGAUGUUCUCUUCGUUUACCAAGAAUCUCUGUACAGUCAGAACCGCACCACUGGCCAAGUGCGGGAGGUCGCCCAUCAGGAUUUCCUGGAAACGGGUCUACUCGUCGAGGUUGAGCCAACUGCCAACGGUCCGAGCUGCCGUAUCACCCACCAUACCAAUGCAAUUUCGAGAGAGCACGCGAGUCUGCUGGUGCACCAGCUUGAGUCUGUGGUACUUCACCUUCUUCGAAAUCCAAAGUCUCACAUCAACACAAUCAGCAACAACUCCUCCCCAGACCUGAGAUCAAUAUUCAAUGACGCCCCGUCAACUUUGAACGAUGUGCCUGAUCUGGCUUCCAUUUUCGAGCGAGCAGCAGACCUCACACCGGAUGCAAUUGCGGUUCGCUUUGCCACGUUGCUCGAGGAUGACGCGGUCGAGACCGUGUCUUACAGCGAGUUGAACGCUUCGGCAAAUAAAAUCGCUCACUGCUUGCAAGAUUGUGGAGCCAAGGAGGGCGGUAUCGUCGGCCUCGUUAUGGAGAAGUCGAUCCCGCUUUAUGCCGCAAUGCUGGGAAUUUUGAAGGCUGGAUGUGCAUAUCUCCCUCUCUUACCAAGUUCACCCGCCGAGAGAGUAAGAGGCAUCUUGACGCAGGCAGAUGUUACUGUAUGUGUCGCUGACAGCGAAGUCUCGGCUGCUCUGACGGAGGUUACGAACUGUCACUUCAUCGACGUCCGCAGAACCGACAUGUCGAUCAUCUCCUCCGACAACCUCUCCAUUCCACCCAAUCCGUCACGGCCAGCCUAUGUCAUCUAUACUUCUGGCACAACAGGCAAGCCAAAAGGUGUCGUCGUCACGCAGCUAAACAUCGCGGGCAAUCUUGACGUCCUCUCCCGCAUCUAUCCACACGCACCAACUUCGCGUUUACUACAAGCAUGUUCUCAGGCGUUCGACGUGUCGGUUUUUGAAAUUUUCUUCACUUGGAAGGUUGGCGCUUGUUUGUGCUCUGGCACCAAUGAUACCCUUUUCGAAGACCUGGAGCGGGCUAUCCGCUUCUUUGGGUGCACGCAUCUUAGCAUGACUCCCACCGUUGCGUCUCUCGUAGACCCGCGCAACGUUCCGGGCGUAGAGUUUUUGGUUACGGCAGGCGAGCCGAUGACAACAGUCGUCGCAAAGAAGUGGACGGGACAUCUGUACCAGGGAUAUGGCCCAGCUGAAACGACCAACAUCUGUACUGUCAAGAAGAUGAAGCCAGGUGACUUCAUAGACCACCUCGGAUUUUCGUUUGAGAAUACCUCAACAAUAGUCCUGAGCUCUGAAAGUCUGGAUCCCCUGCCUAUAGCGUUUGCGGGUGAAUUGUGUUUUGGAGGUGACCAAGUGGCGGCGGGAUACUUGGGCAUGCCAGAACUCACCAAUUCGAAGUUCGUCAACCACCCCCAAUUAGGCCGGAUCUACCGAUCUGGAGACAUGGGCCGUAUGCUUCCUGACGGCUCGCUCAUGGUACUGGGCCGUAUGGACGAUCAAUUAAAGCUGCGCGGUCAACGUAUCGACACAGGCGAAAUCAGCAGCAUUCUCACCACUUCUGGUCUUGCAACCUCCAGCGCGGCUGUCAUCGUCAGCCGCAAUAACUCGCCCGCUACGCAACUUGCCGUUUUCUACGUUCCUACAGACAACGGCAAUUCUGAGCACAUGAUGUUGCCAAUUGAUGACAGACUGGCUAAAGCCAACCGCACCCUUUUUGGACUUCUGCGGUCUCAGUUGCCGACCUACAUGGUUCCUACCUAUCUCUUCCCUAUUAGCUCCAUCCCCCUCACGUCAAGUGGAAAGAUCGAUAGAGCUGCAAUGCAAGCCUCAUUUCGCGAGUUCUCUCGUGAGCACUUGGACCUAGCUGCUGGCUCCAACGAGGAGCAUGACGACGAAAACGCUUGGUCUGACCAGGAAAAGACCAUUGCGCUUGUUCUUUCGCAAGACUUGAGCAUUCCGUUGGAAGACAUCACGCGCUGGCAGCCGUUUGCUGCGGUGGGCCUGGACUCUAUCUCGGCCAUCUCCCUGGCGAGGGCUUUGCGGGGUUCGUUCUCGGCCAAGAUUCCCGUGUCUUUGAUCUUGCGGUGCGGAAGUGUCGCUCGUCUGGCACAAGAAAUUUCGACUCAGCAGACAGAAGACGAAACUCAAAGCAUGAAUGCAUCAGCUUCUAUGUUUCCCGAUGAGUAUGUCGAGGCUAUCAAAGAAGACUUUGCCAAGGAAGGGCAAGAGGUUUCCACCGUGUUGCCUUGCACUCCACUCCAAGAAGCCAUGCUGUCUUCAACAGCUGGCUCGUCCUACUCCAACCAGCUCAUUUUCAAAUUGAGAAUCCCCGAGUCAGAUAUGAAGGGGUACUGGGAGGAGAUGUGCCAACGCCAUACUAUUCUCCGCACUUGCUUCAUCACCACAACAGAAUCUCGAAGAGCCGUCGCGCAAGUUGUGCUUAGCUCGUGGACAAUGCCUUGGCACAAUAUAGAAGCAGAAAGCUUACGAGAUGGAGCCGAAAAUCACACGAGGAACCUUUCUAGUUGUUUGAACUCGAAGAUUCCCCCUGUUUCUCUCGCGGUAAUCAAGUCUGAGAGCCUGAGCCACCUCUCAUUCGUCUGUCAUCAUGCACUCUACGAUGGCGUGGCAAUCGACGUUCUCCUCACGGAAAUCGAGCAGCUAGCCAGUGGAAAGCCGCUACAACCACCUGUUGACUACCUUCCUGUCCUUCACGAAAUUAUCGGUUCUCCGGACGGAAGCAAUUCCUUCUGGAAGACACAAUUUGAUGGGUUCAAGUCUGCACAACACCAACUCUCCGUCAGGUCUGCUGAGACAAUUGAGAGACAGGGGCCCUUGGUGGUCACAAACCUGCUCGAAACUUCUCUCAGCGACCUCCAAUCAGUCUCCAAGGCUACGGGAGUUUCAACAUUAUCAUUCUUCCAGACUGUAUGGUCUGUAUUCUUGAGCAUUGUCUAUAACGAAACAGACGUAUGCUUUGGCAAUGUCAUGAGUGGAAGGGCAUUGAGUCACGAAGGCAUUGAUCGGUUGGUUGCGCCUUGCUUCAAUACCUUACCCAUUCGGAUCGAGCUUCCAGCGUCGGCCCAAUUUGUCACGAUGCUCAGGAAAUUCCAAAAUCUCAACCCUCGCCUUCUGGAACGACAAUUCACGCCUCUGCGCUCCGUUCAGAAUCAGGUUACCAAAAGUGGAAUGCAGCUCUUUGACUCUCUCCUUCUCAUGCAGCAGCCUCGCUCGGAACGCGAUGCAUCUGUCUGGGAGGUGGUUGAAGAUAAUGGAGCCAUGGACGUGCCUCUGGUCUGUGAAAUUACUCCAGAACCCCGCAGUGACUCUAUAUCCAUCAAGCUCCACUGCAACAGCGAGCUCAUGACAACAGAGGCCCUAACGAGCUUGCUUCGCGUCUUUCUGCAUUUAGUUGCGAAGGCAGCCAAGCAUCCCGCUUCCAGCGUCCCUUCCCGAGAAAAUCUCCCCAUAGACAUUCAGGAGUUGUUAGAGAGCAUUGUUGUCGAUAAGACCGUAGACGAGGACGAACCAGAAUCCGAGCAGAGUCAAAACGUAUCAGAAGACAAGGAAUGGAACGACUCCGAGAAGCAGAUACGAUCUGUCUUGGCCAAACUGUCAAAGACUUCAGUCUCCCAGAUCAGCAGACACACUUCAAUUUUCCAACUUGGUUUGGACAGCAUCAACGCCGUACAGCUUGCCGCAAUGCUGCGAGACCAAGGUCUGCAGCUUUCUGCCUUGGAUGUCAUUGGGUUCCCUACCUGCGCUAAAAUGGCGGCCCGCCUCGGACAAUCUGCUAAGCAAGAUGUUACGCUAUAUGAUUUUGCCAAGUUCGAGCGAGAGAUCGGAAAUAUCUCCCUUGACGACGGUAUUGAGAAAGUUUUACCUUGCACGCCAUUGCAAUGCGCCAUGCUUAGCAACUUCAUCCAGUCAGGAGGCAAAGAUUACCUGAAUUACAUGUCUUUUGCACUCAACGAUGACGUUUCCCUUGAUAAGGCUCGCGCGGCAUGGGAAUCUCUCUUCGAGCACCACCAAAUGCUAAGAACCGGUUUCUUGCCAACACAACACCGCAAUGCUUCGUUUGCAAUGCUGCAAUAUUCCGCUCGUGGCACGAGCUUGCCGUUGGCGGUUCACGACAAUGAGACAGAAUCUUUCAACGUCACGAAAUGGAAGUUGGAUAUCGCUCACGCCGUCCUCCAAACUCUGGAAAACCCACCGUGGGCGGUUGCACUUGACUGUCUCGACUCAGGCAUCAACAUGCAUAUCUUCAUGCAUCACGCACUCUACGACGCGUUCUCUCUUCAGCUAAUCUUGCGAGAUUUGGCUAUUCUCCUCCAGGGCGGUCGUCCUAGCCAGCAUCCACCAAUCGACCGUGCUCUCUCCAAUAUCAUGGCAGGCUCUGCAAAGGAGGAUUCUGAAGAAUUCUGGAAGAAAAAGUCGUCUGAGGUGGUAGUCAAUCGAUUUCCUACCCUCACUCCGCUAUCCGAGGCAUCUCCAGAACUUACCUCAAGUUCCAAGUCUGCCAGCAUUAGUCUCGAGAUUCUCACCGAAAAGGCAAGGCAAGCUGAUGUGUCAAUUCAAACCAUACUGGAAGCAGCUUGGACUCGUGUUCUCUCUGCUUAUCUCGGCGAAGAGGAUGUCGUCUUCGGAGUGGUCUUGUCUGGCCGUAUCGACGAUGAGACAGAGGGUCUUGUAUUUCCCUGCAUCAACACCGUUCCUGUUAUUGCACACAACAAGUCUUCCAACUCCGAGCUCCUGCAGCAAAUGCUGGGGUACCACAACGAGCUAUUGAAGCACCAGAAUACACCCCUCGCCCAAAUCCAGCGCUGGCUUGGUCACCAAAAUGCCCAAGUCUUCGACACCCUUCUUGUGUAUCAGCGGAUACCUGAAGAUGGUGCGUUGGAUUUCCCUUGGAAGACAGUCAGUGAUGAGGGCAAUCUCGACUACCCUCUGUCCCUUGAAAUUGAGCCCUUGGCCGGUGGUGAGAUCCAACUUCGCGUUACCCAUCGCACCGACGUUCUCCCUGCAGUCCAAGCUCGUCACUUAGUAGACCAGUUCGAUGCCAUCUUACAGCAUCUUGCUCAGAAUCCUACUGGAACUGAGGACGACUUGUGGGUUCAUAAUCCCUCAGUAUUCUCCAUUCUACCACCUCAGGAGCCGGACAUUCCGUCUGAAGAGCAGUUCUUGCACCAAUUCGUCGAGAGCAAGGCACGCACGCAUCCAGACAAGGUCGCUUUGGAGUUUGUUACCGGGUUCCACGGGGAAACACCGAUUUCUAAGCAGUGGUCCUUCAAAGAACUCAACGAGAAAGGCAAUCAAGUCGCCAACCUUCUCUCACAGCACUCCAAAGUUGGGCAUACGAUCGCGAUCCAUUUUGACAAGUGCCCCGAGGCUUGCUUCUCCAUUCUCGGCAUUCUCAAGUCUGGCUGCGCUUUCCUAGCACUAGAUCCAUCCGCGCCAAAGGCGAGAAAAGAGUUCAUACUCAAGGAUUCCGGGGCUCUUGCGCUGCUCACCAACAAUGAUAUCGAUUUUGUUGUUGAUCAGCCAAUUCACCACAUCGAGGAUUCAGUGCUCGAUACUGCCUCUAAGGAGUUCUCCAGUCCGGAUUCCCUCAGCAUUCAGGACAACUCCUAUUGUUUAUAUACUUCUGGUACCACUGGAACGCCAAAGGGGUGCGAAAUCACGCACGAGAAUGCUGUUCAGGCCAUGAAAGCAUUUCAGAGGCUGUUUGAGGGUCAUUGGGAUGAGACCUCCAAGUGGCUUCAAUUUGCUUCUUUCCACUUUGACGUGUCAGUCCUUGAGCAAUAUUGGAGUUGGUCUGUUGGUAUGACUCUAGUUGGAGCCCCGCGAGAUCUCAUUCUCGAUGACCUUGCCGGUACAAUCCGAAACCUGGCAAUCACCCACAUUGAUCUGACGCCAAGUUUGGCUCGCCUGCUUGACCCGGCGGAAGUGCCGAGCCUAUCUAGGGGUGUUUUUAUCACCGGUGGAGAGGCUCUAAAGCAGGAGAUUCUCGACGUAUGGGGACCCGUUGGCGUGAUCUACAACGCUUACGGCCCAACUGAGGCCACAAUUGGCGUCACCAUGUACCAAAGAGUCCCCCACAACGGUCGCGCUUCCAACAUUGGAAAGCAGUUUGACAAUGUUGGUUCAUAUGUUCUCAAACCUGGAACUGACAUUCCAGUCAUGAAGGGUGCUGUCGGCGAGCUUUGCGUUUCUGGAAAGCUCGUCGGUAAGGGAUACCUGAACCGCCCAGAGCUAACCCAGGAACGUUUCCCAGUCCUGAAAGGCUUCAACGAGCGCGUGUACCGCACCGGUGAUCUCGUCAGAUUACUUCAUGAUGGAUGCUUCGACUUCCUGGGUCGUGCUGACGACCAGGUCAAGCUGCGCGGGCAACGUUUGGAAAUCGGCGAAAUCAACCACUCCAUCCGCACCCGAGUUAGCGAAGUCAGCGACGUUGCCACUCUAGUCACCAAGCACGGCAGUCUGGACAAAGACAUGUUGGUGUCCUUCGUCAGCCAUAAGUCAACAGCUAAUUCCAAGGCGGAGCUGCAAGUGCUCAACGAACCCACGACGGCCGCUCUUGUUCGGUCUGUUCAGAAGGCCUGCAGAGACACACUUCCCGGCUACAUGGUUCCUUCGUACAUCUUCCAAGUUCCCCGCAUUCCCCUUUCUCCGAACAACAAAGCAGACAUCAAGCAGCUUAAUCAGCUUUUCAGAACUUUGACUCCAGAGACGUUGGUUCAGUUGUCACCAUCCUCGAGGACAACUUCAGAGCCAACCAAUGAGGUGCAGCGGCAAAUCGUAUCAACAGUACAGGAGUUCCUCGGCGACGACACUCCAGUCUCGCUGUCAUGUAACAUCUUCGAUCUUGGGGUUGACUCAAUUUCAGCUCUCCGACUCUCCAGACUGAUGCGUAAGAAUGGUUUGUCAGGCGCGGCGCCCAGGGUCAUUUUGAGAAAUCCCACUCUCGGCGAUCUCGCUGAAGUCCUUCAGCAGACCAAUUCAGCAAGUGAGGGCAGCGGAGUUCACGAGGCACGCCAGCUCAUCCAGGCAUUUGGCCACCGAUACAGAUCUCUAGCCGUGCAAGAGCUUUCUCUCCCAAGUGAUGGGGACAUUGAGUACGUUGCGCCGUGCACACCGCUGCAAGAGGGCAUGCUCUCGAGAUUCAUGUCCGAUCAAGACGAGGGCGCCUACUUCACUGCUUUCCGGCUGAAGCUUUCAUCCGAAAUUUCCAUUGAAAGGUUGAGGGUUGCGUGCGAGCAGCUUGUAAAAUCCCAUGCAAUCCUGAGAACCAGUUUCAUCCAAACGCCUGCCGGCUUUGCACAGGUUGCCCUCAAGUCUUCUGAGCUUUCUUGGAGAGACCUGAGAGUCCUUGAGCCUGCUGAAGUCGAGACACAACUGGCAAGCGCAAUGCCAGCACUCAUCCACAAGAACAGCCGAUGUGUUUCCGAUCCUCUGGAACUGAUCGUAGCUCGAGUGGGCGAGGAGACAAUUUUAGUUGUUCACAUCUUCCACGCGCUGUACGACGGCGUGACAUUUGAGACAAUGCUCCGUUGGGUUUCCGAUGAGUAUUCGCAGAAAGAACACCAACCAGCCCCCUCGUUUUUGGAUACCCUUGCACACGGACCGCUCGCAAAUUACGAUUCCAGCCGCCAAUUCUGGACCGAACACCUCAGCAACUGCCUUUUUGACACUAUUCCAAGACUUCAGGGUGGUGAUCCCUCGAGCAUAAUCACAAGGACGAAAACUUACUCGGCCCGCAACCUUGAAACGUUACGCAGAUCGCUGAAUGUCACACUUCAGUCAGUUGUUCUUGCCCUGUGGACAUCUGUUUUCAAAAAGCAUUUCCCCAUCAAUGCCGCGACCGGCGUAAUUGUGUCUGGCCGGUCUAUUGACAUGGACCAAAUUGAAAACACCAUCGGUCCUUUGUUCAACACGCUGCUCUUCUACGCUGGCCUCAAGGAGGGGGACACUUGGCUAUCUCUGAUCCAAAAGUGUCAUGAGUUUAGCACGGCAGUCUUACAGUUCCAGCACGUGCCGCUGCGGAACAUUCAAAAGUGGUGCACUAAGUCCAGAGGUCGGCCCAGCUUUGAAAAUCUCUUCGUUUUCCAAGUUGAACAAGCUCGUUCGGCGGAGCCCUCAGGCAUGUGGUCCAUUAUGGACGACUACAGCGUCUCUGACAAUCCCCUCGCCUUUGAAGCGUCGUCAACCCCCGAUGGUCAACUCCGAGUCCAGAUUGUGGCACACGGAGAUGUUGCUGACGAGGCUAUGAUGAACUCUCUCUUUGAGGAGAUUGAUGAGGCGAUGGUAGAUGUCACCUCUCGCGCAACCUACUCUCUGCCUGUCAGUGCCAAUGUCUCUCGUGAUGCUUCGACUGCCGCAUCGCCCCGCACCCCGUUGACUUCACGACCCGAGUCCAUUGACGGCGACUUCAAGGACCACGAGCUUAACCUGAACAUCUCAGACUUUGAGUGGACACCCGCCGCUUUGGUGCUGAGGAAAGAGAUUGCUGCUCUCUCAGGUGCUUCUGAGGAAAGUAUCAUAGAGAACAUGGCCCUUCUGGAAUUGGGCUUGGACAGCAUCGACCUUGUGAAACUAUCUGCAAGGCUCAAGCACUCCGGUCACAAUCUCACAUUGUCUCAACUCAUGAAGUCGCAAACCAUCGCCGUCAUGUCUUCUAUUAUCAAUCGUAACAAGCCUGUCUCGGAAGACUCAAAUCAGCAAUCAAACUACGACGACCUUAAGGCAAAGCUGUGGGAGGCCGUGGAGUCCACUAAUUUCGAAAUGCAACAAGUCGAGGCCGUCUUGCCUCCCACACCAUUGCAAGAGUCCAUGAUUGCCGACAUGUUGCAAUCGGACUUCGAGCAGUACUUCAAUCACGACGUCCUAGAGUUGGCCAGCGGUGCUGAUGUCGAUAAGUUCGAGCAAGCUUGGCAACAGGUCGUUCAGAGAUCGCCUAUCCUGCGAACUGUGUUUGUGCAGAUCGAGGACCCUUCUGUUGAUCAAACUUUUGCCCAAGUAAUCUCGAAGUCCAGUCAUGUGUUGGUCAACAAGCUUCAGACAGGUGAUGUGACUGAAGUGCAGAGCAUUGUCGAUAAGCAUAAGCGUAAUGCUCGCGAAGCUCAAGGGCAUUCGAAUCUUCUGCAGCUGUCUGUCAUUCCAGGAGAUAACAAGUCUCUUGUCGUCUUGUCGAUUUCGCAUGCCCUUUACGAUGGAUGGUCUCUGGCUUUGCUUCAUCAAGACGUUGCUGCAGCAUACCAAGGCCAGCUUUCCGAUCGACCGCAGACUGAGCAAUUCCUUCAAAGCUUGGUCCAGACGCCGACAGAUCAAUCCAGAAAGUUCUGGUCGCAGUACCUCGCCAACACACGGCCAUCACUGCUUUCUGAAAGGCAGCUCUCGGCUACAUCACCGGGUGACCACACCUACCGGACGGAGGCUGUCUCAAGUACUGGACUUGACCGCGUGACAGACUUCUGCAAACGGCACGCUGUCAGCCUGCAAGUUCUCGGCCAGGCUUGCUGGGCAUCAACUCUUGCGACACUUCUCCAGACUCUCGAAGUUAGCUUCGGUGUCGUCCUCGCAGGGCGCGACUCGGAACCAGCCCAAGCCCUCAUGUUCCCGACGAUGAACACUGUGGCUGUACGCUGCGUUCUUCACGGCUCUGCCACCAACUUCCUUCGCUACCUUCAAGAAACCAUGGGCGACAUCGUCGAGUUCCAGAAUUACCCCCUGAGAAAGGCACAGGCCAUCGCUGGAGGGCGACUCUUCAAUACGCUUUUCAUUCUGCAGAAGAACCCCGAGUCUGGACCUGAAAACCCUCUGAUGAAAUCAGUCCAAGGCUCCUCUGCGACCGAGUUUGCCGUCUGCGCGGAGCUGGAAGCUACGUCAAAGAAUCUCAUCUGGCGCAUUGCCGGGCAAAAUGCGGCGCUGCAGUACAUCAUCAGCAACCCCGAGGAGAACCUACUUCGCUUUGAGGACGACAAUGUUUCCAUAUGCCAGCUUCCCUCAUUCCAGGCGAGGAAGGCGCCUGCUGAUUCUUCUACGAAAAUCACCAAAUCGGACGAAGCCACAGAGUGGACGGGUACAGAGAAGCUCCUGCGCCGGGUGCUCUCACAAGCUGCAGGGGUCGAAGAGAGCUCAAUCAGCAAGAGCCAUACACUCUACAACCUAGGCCUAGAUUCGAUCAGCGCCAUCAAGGUCUCUGCGCUCCUUCGCAAGGAAGGAUUGAACCUUGGCGUAAAGGCCCUGUUGACAUCGACCUCAAUUCAAUCUAUGGCUCAGCAGGCUCAGUCAAGCACCUCCACUGAGAUGCAGCAAUCCCCAGACACCCCUUCUGCUGGGUUUGAACUCCCAAGCACAAUCGAUAGUGAAGCCCUGCUUACCAGUGCUGGUAUUGCCGAGUCUCAGGUGCUAGCAAUCCUGCCUCCUCUGCCAAUGCAAGUCUACAUGAUGUCAGCAUGGCAGAACUCCGAGGGCCGAGUCUUCUACCCAGAGUUCUCCUACCGUGUUCAAGGGUCUGUGACGGUCGAUCAACUGCAAGGGGCAUGGUCCGCUGUCGUUGAGUCAGAGCCGAUUCUCCGGACAUGUCUCGUUGCCACAGGUCAGAGGUCGCUACCUUUCGUGCAGAUUGUUCUCCGUCCCGAUGCCGAUGGACCUCACAAGCACAUCGCCAUGCAAGGAGAGGCCCCUACUCCAGAGUCUCACACGGAAUCGUGCUGGCCCCAGGUACACCUUUCCGCAAAGCAAGAGGAUGAUAAAUCUUGGCUGCUUCAACUGAAACUUCAACACUCACUUUACGAUGGAUUCAGUCUACCAGCACUCAUGCAACACCUUCUAUCCACGAUUCAAGGACAAGACUCCAAGAAGGUCAUGGAGCUGGACUUGUGGAGGUCGUUCCUUGGUGCUCACCAUCACCACGAGGUGAAAGACGACAAUAGGAAGUUUUGGACGGAAUACUUUGAAGGCAUCAUUCCCGCCACGUCAUCUAAGCUCGACGACACGACCAAAUCGUUGGAGCGAGUGGCACUCCUUCAACGCUCUGCUAUUUCUGGUAUCGCAAACCUACAAGGCUCAUGCUCCCAGGCCGGCGUGGGUCUUCCUGCCCUCUUUUUCGCCGCGGCUGCCAAGACUCUCCAAAAGUCGAAAAUUCUCUCGUCGUCCUUGAACACCAAAGAGGUCAUAUUCGGUAUCUACUACGCUAACCGAUCCCUCGCCGAUAAUCUGCAACCGACGUUUCCCACGCUCAACUUGGUUCCUCUCAAGGUCCGGGUCGAUGAGACUUCCAGUAUCAUCACCAUCGCUCAGCGAGUGCAACAAGACUUGCAUCUCAUCUCAUCACACUCAACCGUGGGGUUGUGGGAGAUUAAGGACUGGACUGGGCUAGAAAUUGACUGCUUCGUCAAUUUCCUUCAUCUCGGCGACGACGACAAGGAGAUCCUCCAGGCAGGAGAUGUCUCGUUCGAGCUCGUUUCGAAUGGAGACGAGAUUGAGGGCCUGACCAAGACGGAUGGCAACUCAGGUCUAUCAUCGAGCGUCUCUGCUCGAUGGUUAGUGGACAAUGCAGUUCGAGACGCAUUUCCAGACGCUGUGGAUAUCGAAGCGUCGAUAAAGGAAGGCGCAAUGGAUAUUGGAGUGUUUGGGUCAGCGGCUAAAGUGUCCCAGUCCUCCGCUGGCGAGCUUAUCAGCGUGCUUAGUUGCAUUUUGAAGGAGUUAUGA